GUCCCAUUUUCCCCCUCACAGUGUCCCAGUGCCCGGUGUCCCGUUGCCACCCAGGUUCCUGUCUCCCCCCGUCCCUCGAUGUCCCCACAGUGUCCCCUUCCCCUCGGUGCGACCCCAGUCUCCCAGUUCCUGCUCUCCCAGUCCUUCCCAGUGUCCCAGUCCCCCGCAAGUGUCCUGGACCCUGGUGUCCCUGUUCCCAGUGUCCCGGUCCCCUCAGGUGUCCCAAUUCCUGGUGUCCUGGGCCCACCAGUGUCCCCGCAGUGUCCCUGUUCCUGGUGUCCCAGUCACCCUUGGGUGUCCCAGUCACCCUUGCGUAUCCCAGUCCCCGGUGUCCCUGCUCCCGGUGUCCUGGUGCCCCUUGAGUGAUCUGGUCACCAGUAUCCAGUGUCCUGGUGUCCCUCAGGUGUCCCUGUCCCCAGUGUCCCGGUGACCACAGGGUAUCCCGGUGCACCGGGGAUGUCCCUGUCCCUGAUGUCUCAGUGCCCCAGGGUGUCCCCAUCCCUGAUGUCCUGGGGUGUCCCAGUGUCCCUUGAGUGUCCCAGUGUCCCUCAGGUGUCCCAGUCCCUCCAGAGUGUCCUGGUGCCCUGGGGAUGUCCCCAUCCCUGAUGUCCAGGUGUCCCAGGGUGUCCCAGUGUCCCUUGGGUGUCCCAGUCCCUGGUGCCCCGGUCCCUCUGGAGUGUCCCUGUGCCCCAGGGGUAUCCCAGUCCCUGGUGUCCCAGUGUCCCAGAGUGUCCUGGUGGCCCCAGGAUCUCCUGCUCCCUGGUGUCCCGCUCCCCCCGGGAUGUCACGGUGCCCUCUCGGUGCGCCGGUGCCCCCGGGGGGGGGGCCAGUCCCCGGUGUCCCCCUCCCCUUGGGAUGUCCCAGUGCUCCAGGGGUGUCCCGGCCCCUGGUGUCCCACUCCCCCAGGAGUGUCCCAGUGUCGCGGGGUGUCACAGUCCUUGGUGUCCUGCUCCCCCCGGGAUAUCCCGGUGCCCCCGGGAUGUCCCAGUCCCCGGUGUCCCGCUCCCCCCGGGAUGUCCUGCUCCCCCUGGGAUGUCCCACUCCCCCUGGGAUGUCCCGAUGCCCCGGGGGUGUCCCGGCCCCUGGUGUCCCGCUCCCCGCGGGAUGUCCCGGUGCCCCCGGCUCCCCCGUCCCGCCGCGGUGCGGUGCCGGUGCCGGUGCCCGGCGGGGCUCUGGCUCCUCCCCGGUGAGUCACGGCGGGGCGGAGCGGGCCGGGCCCCCCGGGCACUUUCCGAGGGGACUCGGGAGCGGGAGGCAGCGCCGAGCCCGGCCAGCCCCGCUCCGCCAUGGCCCCGGCCGCGGCCCCCCCCGCGCCGCCCCCGGCCCCGGCCGCUGCUGCCGCCGCUGCUGCUGCUGCUGCUGCUGCCGCUGCUGCCGCCGCUGCCCGUCGCUGCCUUCAACCUGGAGGAGUCGCGGCCCGUCACCUUUCGUGGGGCCCCCGGGUCCCUCUUCGGCUUCGCGUUGGACUUUUACCUGCCCCGGCCCCGCAGCGUCAGCAUCCUGGUGGGUGCCCCCAAGGCCAACACGAGCCAGCCCAAUGUCACCCAGGGGGGGGCCGUCUACCACUGCCCCUGGCCCCCCGGUGACGAAUGCACCCCCAUCGACUUCGACCACAUCGGGACCCGCACCCACGACUUCGGGGGCAACAACACGGAGACCCCCGACCCCGUCGAGUUCAAGUCCCUGCAGUGGUUCGGGGCCACCGUGCGGGCGCACAACGCCUCCAUCCUGGCCUGCGCCCCGCUGUACAGCUGGAGCCCCCCCAAGGAGGAGGGGGGGGGCCGGGAGCCGGUGGGCACCUGCUUCCUCUCCAUCGGCAACUUCUCCAAGUUCGUGGAAUACGCGCCGUGCCGCUCAGACCUGAACUCCGCGGCCGGGCAGGGCUACUCAGGGGGCUUCAGCGCCGAGUUCACCCAGACGGGACGGGUGCUGCUGGGGGGGCCCGGCAGCUACUUCUGGCAAGGGCAGGUGAUGUCGGCGACGCAGGAGCAGAUCGCGGCCUCCAGCUACCCCGAGUACUUCAUCCAGGAGGUGGCCGGGCAGCUCCAGACGCGCCAGGCGGCCCCCACCCACGACGACAGCUACAUGGGCUACUCGGUGGCGGUCGGCGAGUUCAGCGGGGACACGACGCAAGACUUCGUGGCUGGUGUCCCCAAGGGCAACCUCACCUACGGCUACGUCACCAUCCUCAAUGGCACCAACAUGAAGUCCCUGUACAACUUCUCGGGGGAGCAGAUGGCGGCCUAUUUCGGCUACGCCGUGGCAGCCACCGACGUGAACAAUGAUGGACUGGCCGACCUGCUGGUGGGGGCCCCCCUCUUCAUGGCGCGGAGCGGGGGGGGGCGGGUGCAGGAGGUGGGCAGGGUGUACCUGUACCUGCAGCAGCGGCGGGGGGGGGGGAACCUGCCCGACCCCCCCCCCGCCAUGGCACCCGCCCCCGCCAUGGCCCUCACCGGGCCCCAGGAGUUCGGGCGCUUCGGCAGCGCCAUCGCCCCCCUGGGAGACCUGGACCUGGACGGCUACAACGACGUGGCGGUGGGGGCCCCGCUGGGCGCCGAGGGGCGGCGGGGGCGGGUGUACGUCUACAGCGGGGGGGGGGCCGGGCUGCACCCCCAACCCGCCCAGGUGCUGCGGGGCACUGGGCGGCCCGGCCGCCACCCCGACUUCUUCGGAGCCGCCCUGCGCGGGGCCACCGACCUGGACGGCAACGGCUACCCGGACCUCCUGGUGGGCGCCUUCGGGGUGGACACGGCCGUGGUGUACAGGGGCCGCCCCAUCGUCCACGCCAGCGCCGCGCUCAGCGUCUUCCCCACCAUGUUCAACCCCGAGGAACGCGGCUGCGUCCUGGAGGCCACCGGCCUCCACGUCCCCUGCAUCAACGUCAGCUUCUGCCUCAACGCCUCGGGGCGGCACGUACCUGGCCCCAUCGGCUUUGCGGUGGAGCUGAGCGUGGACGGGGCGAAAGCCGGGGGGGGGCGUCGGGCGCUCUUCCUGCCGGGGGGGCAGCCCACCCGCACCCUCACGCUGCCCGUCCCCAACGGGGGGGGCACCCGCUGCCGCACCAUGGCCGUCUUCCUGCGGAACGAGUCGGAGUUUCGGGACAAGCUGUCACCCAUCGCCCUGGGGUUGAGCUUCGCCCUGGACCCCCGCGCCCCCCCCGACGCCCACGGGCUGCACCCGGUGCUGGACGCCCGGACGCGCACCCGGCUGGAGGCCAAGGCUCACAUCCAGCUGGACUGCGGGGAGGACAACGUCUGCGUGCCCGACCUGCAGCUGGAGGCGGCCGUGGACCGCCGCGCCGUCUACCUGGGGGACCGCAACAGCCUGAACCUGACCUUCAACGCCCGCAACCAGGGCGAGGGGGGGGCCUACGAGGCCGAGCUGCACGUGCGGCCCCCCCCCCACGCCCAGUACACCGGGGUGCUGCGCCCACACGGGAACUUCUCUGCGCUGAGCUGUGAGCUGGGGGGGGGCAACGCCUCCAGCCCCCUCGUCUGCGACCUGGGCAACCCUAUGAAGGCGGGCGCCAGCAUCUGGGGGGGGCUGCGCUUCACCAUCCCCCACCUCAGCGACAGCAGCAAGAGCAUCCGCUUCGAGCUGCAGAUCCGCAGCAAGAACGCCAACAACUCGCAGAGCGAGGUGGUGACGGUGCCGCUGGAGGUGCGGGCGGCCACCAGGCUCUCCGCCUUCGGGGUGUCGCGGCCCGACGUGGUCACCGUCCCCGAGGGGGGUUGGACGUCCCAACGGCCGCCCCAGAGGCUGGAGGACCUGGGGCCACCCGUGGAGCACGUCUAUGAGGUGGUGAACGAGGGUCCCAGCGCCAUCAGCCAUGGCACCCUGGAGCUGAGCUGUCCCCUCAUCUACCGGGGCCACACACUCCUCUACAUCACCGGCCACUCGGGUCCCCGCAACUGCUCCGCCAGCCACCCCCUGGACAGCCUGCACCUGGCGGAGCAGGAGCAGAGCCCGGAGACACACGUCCUGCAGCGCCGGGACGCGGGGGACACGCGGGACGCGAGGGACACGCGGGGCAGUGGCCCCCCCCGCGCCCCCCCCACAUCCUGGUCAGUGCCCACCUGUCCCCGUGUCCCCCCCUCUGUCCCCACGUCCCUGCUCUCCCUGUCCCACGUCCUGCCCCGUGGCAGCCCCGUGGCACGUCCGCCCCCCCCCCCGCGGUUACUGUCCCCGCUGCUGUGCCAGGGGUGUCCCGAGGCCGAAUGCUUCCGGCUGAGCUGCCCCAUGGGGGGGCUGGAGAAGCAGCAGCGGGUGAGCCUGCGUCUGGCCUUCCACCUCUGGGCGCCCCCCCCGCGCCAGCGGGAGGCGCGGGCGCAGGCGCUGCGCUGUGAGGCCGAGUACCGGGUGCUGCGGCUGCCGUACCGCGUCCGGCCCCAGCACUACCCCAGCCAGCGCCUGCAGGUGGUGACGGGGCUGCAGUGGGCGCGCGCCGAGGGCAGCGCGGGGGUGCCGGUGUGGGUGGUGGUGCUGGCGGUGCUGCUGGGGCUGCUGCUGCUCGCCCUGCUCUGCUACGGCCUCUACAAGCUGGGCUUCUUCAAGCGCGCGGGGCCCUACGGCACGGCCAUGGAGAAGGCGCAGCUGAAGCCCCAGGCGGCCUCGGAGGCCUGACGGGGCCCCCCCGCGCCGGGACGGGCACCGCCGGGACGGGCACCCCCGCAGCGGGUACCCCCGCCCCGGGCACCGCCAACACGCUGGGCACCGGCGGGCCGGCCGGCGGCAGGCCCGGCACCACCGGGACGGGCACCACCACCGCACUGGGUGCCACCAGGAUGGGCGUCACCACCAGACUGGGUACCACCACCAGACUGGGUACCACCAUGCCCAGCAUCACCACCGGACUGGGUACCACUGGGACGGGCGUCACCACCGGUGUGGGUACCACUGGGACGAGCAUCACCACCGGACUGGGUACCACUGGGAUGGGCAUCACCACCGGACUGGGUACCACCAUGCCUGGCAUCGCCACCGGACUGGGUACCACUGGGAUGGGCAUCACCACCGGACUGGGUACCACCAUGCCCGGCAUCACCACCGGACUGGGUACCACUGGGACGAGCAUCACCACCGAACUGGGUACCAUCAGGAUGAGCGUCACCAGGAGAUGGGGUGCCACCAUGCCCAGCAUCACAACCCGACUGGAUACCACCGGGACGGGCAUCACCACCGGACUGGGUGCCACCAGGAUGAGCAUCACCACCAGACUGGGUACCACUGGGACGAGCAUCACCACCGGACUGGGUGCCACCAUCCUUGUCAUCACCCCCAAACUGGGUACCACUGGGAUGAGCAUCACCACCGGACUGGGUACCACAGUGCCCGGCAUCACCACCGGACUGGGUGCUACUGGGAUGAGCAUCACUGCUGGACUGGGUGCCACCAUGCCCGGCAUCACCACCAGACUGGGUGCCACUGGGAUGGGCAUCACCGCCGGACUGGUUGCCACCAUCCUUGUCAUCACCCCCAAACUGGGUACCACUGGGAUGAGCAUCACCACCGGACUGGGUGCCGCCAUGCCCGGCAUCGCCACCGGACUGGGUGCCACUGGGAUGAGUGUCACCACCGGACUGGGUGCCACCCGGGCGGCAGCAGCCCAGGCACCGCCGCCGUGCGCUGGCACAACCGCACGCCGGGCACCGCACCGGGACACCGCCACCGUCACCCUGUCCCCGCCGCAGCGGGGACACCCCUGGAUGGACACCACCCCGUCACCGCGCCGGGCACCGCUGCCAGCCCUGUCACCACCCCCCCCCCGGCUCAGGACCUGGGGGGCGGGGGGGGGGGGGGGGGGGCCACACACCCCCCGAUGUCACCUUUGUCGCGGUGUCACCUCGCGGUGUCACCCGGUGGCGGUGUCCCCAGGCGGCCGCCGCCUGCUGCACUGCCCGUGCCCCCCCCCGCCGCGGGCACCUCACUUUGCACUGACCCCGCGCCCAGCGUCUGGCGGGGGGGGGCACACACACACACACACACACACUCACACACACACACACGCGCCACCCCCACCCCCCCCACCCCCCCCCGUGUCCCCAAGGUGCCCCCCCGUGUCCCCAAGGUGCCCGCGGGGUGUC